AUGGACAUGGACACUGAGGGGGACAACUCAGAGGAGGUGCUGCGCACGCGGGAGGAGAGCGAGCGGUCGCUGCUGUCGCUCAUCCUUCCGCGCUACGCGGACAUGGCCAUGGGCGGCCACAGCGACGCCGACGAGCAGCUGCUGACCGAGUACGAGUCCUACCUGUCCUCCCUGUCGUCGGCCACCUUCCAGCAGCUCAUGAAGGAGCCCGAGAAACUGCACGACGAGUCCGAGAAGAUGAAGAAGCAGAUGCAGGACCUGGCCUUCACCAACUACAAGGCCUUCAUCCAGACCUCAGAGUGCAUCCGCGGCAUGAAGCAACAGGUGGCGGAGGUGCGCACGCUGGUCGGCGGACUGGAGACGGCCCUGCCCAGCCUGAGCAAGGCCUGCGAGCAGUUCUGUAAGACGGCGGUGGAGAUCACGGCGCAGCGGGCCGCCACCCAGAACACGCUCGACCACCACACCAAGCUCAUGGACAUUCUCGAGAUUCCAGAGCUGAUGGAGACCUAUGUGCGCUCGGAGCUCUACGACGAGGCGCUCCAGCUGGAGGCCUUCACGCACGGGCUCAAGAAGAAGCAUCCCGACAUCCCGCUGAUCCAGUCGAUCGCCACUGAUGUCGACAAGUCGCGAGAGAUGAUGAUUAACCAACUUCAUCACAAACUGAGAGACAAUAUGGCUCUGCCUGGCUGCCUGCGUGCGAUAUCCCACUUGCGGAGGAUGAAUCUGUACAACGAAACACAGCUUCGCAUCACAGACGCGUGGCUGCAUUCCGUGAUCGAUGCCGUGCCCACCACCAACCCCUACACCUACUUGAACAAGCUGAUCGACAGCUGUAGGGUGCAUGUCUUCGACAUCAUCACCCAGUACCGGGCCAUCUUCCCGGACGACAACCUCGCUGUGGCGGCGGCGGCGUCCCCCGCGCCCCGCGAGAGGGAGUCGGGCGUGGGCAUCCUCCACAGCUGGCUCACCCAGAAGAUCUCCGAGUUUGCCGACACGCUCAGCAUAUAUUUGCCGGAGGUGAAGGAGGGUGCGCUGGUCGGUAACAUUUUGGAGCAGAGCAUGUACUACGCCACCUCGCUGGCCAGGGUCGGACUCGACUUCAGAGGACUGCUGGGCCCGAUAUUCGAGCAUGCGGUGUACAACCUGUUCUCCUCGUUCGUACAGACCGCUGUCCUCCGCUUCUCUCAGACUCUCAAGGCGCAGAAGUGGGUGGCGCCGUCGCGAGCCCUGGCCGCGGCCAUGCUGACGGGCCUGGACAACGAGGCGAGCUCGAAGCUGGCCCCGCCCGUGGUGCUCAUGGACUACCCGCCGCUGGCCGUCUUGACCAACAGCCUGCUCGCCUCCUUCAACGAACUGCGGUCGUGCGCGUUGUACUCGCUACGCGAGGGCGUGUACGAGGUGGUCAACGCCGCGCUCACCAACGCGGCCCUCGAGAUCCGCAAUCUCCACAAACAGUCCGUGCUGAGCGAGGAGGAGCGGGAGUACUUUGAUAGCACGUGCCGCACUGCGGCAGAGGUGAUGGUGCCCUACAUCGGCCGAUGCGUGGCCGCCAUCUAUCCGCGCCCCUCCGUCACCGCUGCGGCCGCGGUGGUGUUCGACCUGGCCAGCGCGCUCGCCAUCCUGCGGCCCAUCUACGAGAAGGACCUCCCGCCGCCGGCCUCGCCCGCGCCCUCGUCGUCGUCGCUGUCGUCGUCGUCAGUCACGGGCCUGCGCCCGCCCUCCUCCCCUGCCCAGGCACGUCGUCUCCUCAAGGGCGGAUUGCUAGACAUGUUGAUGAACGACGAGGCGGAGGCGGCUGGGGAGGAUGCACAGACUGUCUUGGCCGAAACGCCGUCGGCCAAGAACGAAGCGCAGGCAGUGGAAGAAAACGAAAACGGCAAAAAGAACGACGACCACAAAGAAGGCGACGACAGACCAGAGGAGAAUGGAGGCGAGAAGGAGGAGAAGAAAGACGACACGCCGAAGGAGAUGCCCCCCUCCGAACAAGAGGCGGAAGAGGUGCAGGCGGAGUGA